AUGGUUUCGUUGUUAGGAGAUUCGUACGCCGUCGCACUCCGUCGUUUCAAGUCAAUGGAACGAAAGUUUGCCGCAGAUGAAAACCUUCGCCAAGCCUACGUCAAUUUCAUGGCUGAUUACGAGAAGCUUGGACAUAUGGAGGUGAAUCUUCGCGCGUCGUGUAGCCCACAGUUCUUUCUACCCCACCACGCCAUCCAUCGCCCUGAAAGCACCACUACGAAAAUCAGAGUCGUGUUCGACGGUUCUUGUCGUGGUUCCACUCAUUUGUGCCUUAAUGAUGUUCUCUACACUGGUCAUUCCGUGCAACCAGCUUUGUACGCCACCGUUAUUAACUUUCGAAUGCCUCUCUACGUCGUUACUGCCGAUAUUGAAAAGAUGUUUCGCCAAAUUUGGGUCCACCAUGAAGAUCGAAAGUUCCAGCAAAUUCUUUGGAGAGCCAGGCCGUCAGAACCAAUCAGCACGUACACACUCAACACCGUUACAUACGGUCUCGCCAGUUCGCCAUUCCACGCUACUCGAAUUCUCGAACAGCUAGCUGCCGAUGAAGGAAAAUACUACCCAUUGGCUGCCCAGAUCUUACGAAACGGAACCUACAUGGACGAUAUUCUCACAGGUCACAACGAUCCGAAAACUCUCGAAGAUAGCUGUCACGAACUCAUCGAAAUGCUCUCAAAGGCGGGCUUCGUUUUGCGGAAAUUCGCCACAAAUGACCAGUCAAUACUGUCCAAAAUACCAUCCGAAUUCGACAGCUUACGAUUCAAGGUGCCUGUCCUUCCGGAAUCAAGCGGUAUCACCAAGCGCAUCGUAGUGUCGGAAAUGGCGCAGUUAUUCGACCCCCUGGGCUUGUUAAGUCCUGUAGUAAUGCAAGCUAAAAUGUUCGUGCAAAGGCUCUGGGCGGAGCAUCUACCUUGGGACACAGAACUCGCAGAAGAUCUCAGUAGUUGGUGGAAGCAAUACCGUAGAACUCUCCAGCGGCUCCUGGAUAUCGAAAUUCCACGCAGAGUGAUAGGAAAUACUCACCAUCAAUACACCCUACACUGCUUCUGUGAUGCUUCAAAGGGCGGUUACGGGUGUAGCAUCUACGUCGUUUCGCCGGACUUGUCUGGAACGCUUCAGUCUCGCCUACUUACGUCGAAAUCUCGCGUCGCCUCCCUGAAGGGUCAUUCCAUCCCUCGCUAUGAGCUCUGUGCUGCACUGUUGGGAAGUCAGUUAGUAGACAACCUUCGUAAAACCACCGUUUACACGCAGCCGGCAAUAUUCUGGUCGGAUUCGACAAUUGUGCUUUAUUGGAUUAAGUCACCGUCACAUAAAUGGAAGGUAUUUGUGUCAAAUCGCAUAGCCGAAAUUCAGCGCCUCACGAAAGAUUGUCAAUGGAGGCAUAUACCAACGGAGUUGAAUCCUGCCGACAAGGUUUCCCGAGGCGUUCUUGCGAGCGAGAUUGUCGGAGACGAAUUAUGGUGGCAUGGUCCGGGGUUUCUAACCUCCCCUGUAGAGCAAUGGCCCGAUUCGAAGGUUUGUGUGGAGAAUUUUCCCGAGCAAGAUUGCGAAGCACAAGUUGUGGUAUCUCUUCACAGUCAAUAUCUUGAGACAUCACUCAUAGAUCGAACGUCAGAACUUGCAAAGCUUUUAAAUAUUGUGGCAUUCUUCUAUCGUUUUCACAAUAAUUGUCGUCUAGAAGAAUCUAAGCGGUACAAAACUAGUCUCACACCUUCAGAAAUCGAUCACGCAUUGAAGGUUCUCAUUCGUAUGGUACAAAGAAGUACCUUCCACCUGGAAAUGCAGAUUUACGAUCUCAAACGUACAUCCUCCUCAACUAAGACGGUCAGUUCGAAGUCCCCGCUAAAGAAUCUGAACUUGUUCAUGGACGAAUUUGGCUUGCUCAGAUUGAACAGCCGUCUUACAAAUCGAAAUGCUCCCUUCGACACCAGAUGUCCAAUACUACUGCCAGCCAAACAUCGACUUUCCUGGUUGAUUGCAAGAUCGAUUCACCUUCAAACAUUCCACGGUGGACCUGGUCUGGUUCUUGCUACGCUGCGUCAGCGCUUUUGGCCGCUCCAGGGUCGAGUUCUAGUCCGAAGCAUCGUUCGUCAGUGCAUAACGUGCUUCCGCUGCAAUCCAACGCGUAGUACCCAGAUGAUGGCACCUCUACCCGCAGUUCGCGUUACACCUGCUAAAGUCUUCGCAUACACUGGACUAGACUACUGUGGGCCGUUCAACGUGCGUCCGUUAAGUGGGAGAGGCUCGUCGGUCAAAAUGUACGUCGCGCUCUUCGUUUGUUUUGUGGUGAAGGCUGUGCACCUCGAAGUUGUGGCGGAUUUGACGUCGGUCGCGUGCAUCAACGCCAUCAAACGCUUUGUGGCAACCCGCGGCCGAGUGUGCGAAAUACACUGCGAUAAUGCGACCGCUUUCGUCGGGGCGGAUCGUGAGUUGCGCGCGCUUCGUCGACAGUUCCUGCAGCAGUUUAAAACUCCGGAUUGGGACAAAUACAGCUUGGAUAGUGGAAUCACCUUUCGUUUCAUCCCUGCCCGGUCACCACACUUCGGCGGACUCUGGGAGGCAGGAAUAAAAUCGUUCAAGUAUCAUUUCCGCCGUAUCGUCGGACAAAAAUCCUACAAUGUCGAUCACUUUCUAACUAUAGUCACCCAAACCCAAGCUAUUUUGAAUUCCCGACCAAUAGCCUCCCAUCCUGAUCAUCCUCAAGACCUAGAGCCCUUAACACCCGGUCAUUUUUUGAUUGGGGAACCACUAAUUUCGAUCGCCGAACCAGAUAUAACUGAUUUGAACCCAAAUCGUCUCAAUCGCCUGCAGGACAUGAAACGAACUGUUCAAGAUUUCUGGCGCAGGUGGGCCAGAGACUACACGAGUCAGCUACACCAACGCAGCAAGUGGAAGCAGCCAAGUUCUAAUGUCCAAGUUGGUCAAUUAGUGCUUCUUCAACAAGACAACCUUCCCGUUCUGCAGUGGCCUCUCGGGCGUGUCGAAAAAAUAUUUCCUGGUAACGAUGGUCGAGUACGAGCGGUGCUGGUCCGCACAGCUCAAGGGCAGUACAAACGUGGGGUCACCGAAAUCUCCAUUCUUCCAAUCGACCCAGACGAAGACGAAGGAAAGGUGACAACUGACGAAGGUUUAUCGGAAGAAACACAGUUGAACGUGGCAGUUCAACGCCGGCCGGAAUGUUAA